AUGAAUUUUAAUAAUUCAAAUAUUGAUAGAAAUUUAAAUCAUCCUAUAUGGUUUGAUAAUCAGAAAUCUACAAAUUAUACAACUAUUACAAAAAUGAACUAUAGUCGAUAUCCAAAUCGAAAGCUUACACCAGCCGCUACUUCAAUUCGACUUCGUCGUAAUGAAAACAAUUGUUAUGCAGUAUCUGGUCAUCAGAGAACACCAAGUGCACCUAAUCUAAGAUGUGAUAUACCAGUGAACUAUCAGCAUGAUAGACAAGAGGACAAUUUGUUCAAGUAUCAUAGACCUCGUCAAUUAUUACGUCGAAAAGAUUCUAUUCAAGCUGCACCUCCACAUAUUUUAUCCGAAGAUAGAUCAUUGUAUAAAUCUACGUUUACUGGACAGAUGGGUCCCCGUCCAUCUAGAGUCCAACCACGUGAACAAGGUAUAAAUGGUCUGGAGACAGCUCAACAGAAAGUCAAAAGCCUUCUCGAAUCAAAGGAUUUAACUCAUAUAACUGAAGAUGUAUACAAACAAAUUUAUCCUUUACCAAAUGAUUCGACUUAUAAUACUGACUUCAACGAACAUAUUUUCCAAGAUGUUUAUUCGGAAAAUACAUUACCAAACAUUAAUUCUAAAAUGCAAGAUAAUUCAACUGAUUAUCGAGAAAAUUACCAUUCAUGGAUUAAACCAUCAAGAAAUGAUGGGAUUAUGCAACGAAUGGGGUACAAUUGGAAACCUACGCCUGCUGUAUAUCUUCCAGAAGAUCCUAGUAAACAUGAACCAAUAGAAUCUAGUACAGUGUAUCGAUCGAAUUUUAUUGAUUUUUCUAAAGAAAAAGUAAAAACUCGUAUGAAACCUAGUCAAAAAGCAUGUUAUUCCGCUAUUCAAGCAGAUAAAUUAUUAAAUAGUUUUGAUGGUAGACAAGAAAGAAUACCAAAAACAUUAUAUCGUGAUUCAUUUAUUGGUUUACAUAAUGUAGAUAAUUGGAGUGAUAGACAUAUAUUACAAAACUCAUCAUCGGUUACAUCACGAACUGGUAGAUAUCAACAAAAUGAUGAUAUGUAUUGGUUUGGUAUAGAUGUAAUACCAUAUAGAGAUACAAAAGAAUCAGUUUUUACAGAAUCAUGUUAUAUAGAGAAUCCUUAUCAAAAAUUACAAGUUUAAUACAAAGAUAAUGAAUGAUAUAUACAAAUGUAAGAGUAUAAAUAACAAUUUAACAUUUAUAGUAUCAUUCUAUCAAAACUAAAUUAAUUAACAAUAAGUUUAUGAAUUUAGUUUUUUUGAUUAGUAAACUUCUCAACUCUCAUUUUAUUUUACUUGAUUGUUUUUUUUUUUCUUUGUAAUAAUUAACUGGAACAGGUAAUUUUAGUAAUACAUGAAUUACUUAUGUACUCUUCAUUCAUGCAAUUAUACAUUGAUAAAGGCGCCAAAA